AUGAAGUUUCUAACGUUUACGGUGCUAUUUGGCCUAUUUGUUGUUGGCGCAAUUGGCAAGGGUGUGGAAACCUCUUAUCGUAGUGAAGAACAUCCCGGCAAGUGUGUCUAUAAAGACCUGAUACUUUCGCCUGGUGAAGUGGGUCUACCAAAGGGUGAAUGCCAACGUUUCACAUGUGAAGAGAAAUUAACUGGCAAAAUUAGAACUUGCGACGAUAUAAAAUUUAUUGUUGAGCCACCAUGUCGGGCGGGUGAUUUUGAAAAUAACGGUUUGCCAUAUCCACAAUGUUGCAUGCGUAAAGUGGUGUGCCCGGAUCAUUAA